UUCAAUCGGUAACGUUGUUUAAAUAAUUUUUAAAAAUGCGGUGUUAUUAUUUUUUAAUCGUGUUCGCUUUUAUAUUUUGGCCGUCAGAUGUUAUGUGCGAUUGGUUUUCCGGUGCGUUGGAUAAUCCAAAAGAAAUCGAUUCUUUAAAUUCAAAUGAAUUCUCAAAGGCUGAGCCAAAAACUGGAGCCCAAGUAUUUGGAAAUGUCGGAUCUCCUAUUCUUGUUUCAAAAAUUAAUAAUAACUCUAGCAGUCUUCUCAGCAGUUAUCGUCUCUAUGUAUGGCAAGGUUUGAUCAAAUUCAAUUAUACAAUGUUAAAAAAUUGGUUUGCACAAGAUAUUGAUUUGAAUUAUUAUGUAAAUAAACUAUAUUAUACGGGUCCGGUUAUAGAAUUUACAGCGAAUGGCCAUGUUAGAAAAAUCAGACAAAUGUGUCGAAAUUUAAUUAAAAAUACAAAAGGAAAUUCACAAGUAUACAAGAAUGAAGAAGUUAUAACUUUACCAUUGGAACGUAACCAUUUUUUCAUACAUAGUGAUGUUAAAUCAUUACUAUACACUGAAUUAAAAACAUUUACGAAUGAAGAAUUGACAUUGAUACGUACAGCAGAUUUAAUAGAUACAACUAAAAAUAGCACAGUUACUAAUGAUUGUGCUCGUUUAAGCUUAGAACGGAUUUUUGGCAUAAAAUACGAUCAUAUACCAAUUAAAAAGACUGAAGCCGGAGAUAAUUAUUCAGUAAGUAUUACAGAAUUAAUAGAUCUACUGGACAAACAUAAAGACAAAUAUGGAAUCAAAGAAAUAAAGUGGUCAAUAUUUCCAGAACAAAAUUUAAAAGAAUUUUUUAAAAAAGAGACUAUAAAAGAGGCUACAGGAAUCGUUUUAAUAUCAUAUCCGGAAACAAAAGUUGCAAAACUUCUUAGACAAAAUAUACCCAUUCUUAAAAUUAAAACGAAAGACGAAGCCCUCCGACAUCUAGGGAAUAUUAUUAGUGCACAAGAUUUGAAUAACUUAAAAAAUUAUAUGAUCAAAGAGGCUAAAAAGGUAAAUUUGUCUACAGAAAAAACAAUUAAUAAUUAUAUCGAACAACUUAAUAUGGGACACAUCGUUACAAUUGAAGCUAUGCAAAAAAAUGGUAAUGAUGUUUUAUACGUUUUAAAAGAUUUUCAAGCUAAAGAUUCUUUAAUAAAUGGCAAUGUAAGAUUUUCAAAAUUUCAAUAUUGGAUCUCACAAACACAACCAACUCUUCAAGAUAGAAACUUUCCAUAUUUUCGUAUUUUUAUGAAACCUACGAUUUUGAGUGAACUGGAUGGAUUGAAUUAAAGAUUCUGAUAAUGCACAGAAUAUAGUUUGUCUCAAAAGAAAAAAAUUAUUAAUAAACUGUGAAUGAUAUAAAAUACUUUAUUUAUAGUAAUGAAAAUGGUAAUAAUUUCUAGUAAUCAUUUGUAAUAAUAGUUUGUAGUAAUAAUUUGUAGUUAUUAUUAGUUAUACAUUUUUGAUAAUUUAUUACCAAUAAUUGAUUCUAUUAUUUAUAUUUUAUUUUGAAUAAUUGUAAAGUAAUUUUACUAUUUUUAUGAUAUAUUCUUGAUAUGUUUAUUUUAUAUUGUAAUUGUAUGAACUCUCCAGCACAGCAUAUGGCUUUGAAGGUGAUCCAACAAAAAUUUGUUAUUUUGUAAUACAUCUUGUAAAUAUUGCUUGUUGGAGAAUUAAUAAAUUAUUAUUAUUAUUAUUAUAGUUAAUACUUAUUAGUAAAAUAUAAAAAUGUUUUUUUAAUUUUUAUGAAAAUUAUAAUAAAAUAUUUUCAUGAUAAAUAUAUUUACGUAUGUUUUUAUUUAAAAUCAAUCAAACUGAUGCGUUUCCUCCACUCUACAAGUAUAAUUACUGUAGAUUAUUCUAGUUCGUGACAUGGCAAUUGUAUAG